AUGGAUUAAGACGAUAGAAUGGCUGAAUUGUAAUAAAAACUAAUUGAUGAAAAUAGGAUGCAUCAUAAUAAUGGCCAAGAUGAAAAAAGUCAGGCAUCUUUCUAAAUCAAUGAAGAUGAGGAUUAAGAUUUAACUGCUUUCAACUAAACAGAGAAAAGAUAGAUAGCAACCUUAGCUGACUUGCCACCAAACACAAAUCUUGAUGAUUUCAUCCAACCAAAGGAGGAUCAAUAUAAGCCAUUUUCAUCUCGAAUCAAGCUAAUCGUUGAGUAUAACGAGCAUCUGAAGAGAUAUGAAAUGAGUUAAAAAGAUUAGACAGUUCUGGAGGACUAUCAGAUUUCAUAUGAUGAUUUCCAAAACACAACUAGAUAAAUAGAAGCAAAUCCAAAUCUGAGACCCUUCGACAGAAAUUCUCCAUUCAUAAGAAGAUUUGGCCUGAGAUCUAUGACUUUCUUAGUCUGCAUAAUUUAUGCUUAUGUUGCUUUGCUGAUACUUUAACUCGCAUUAUUUAACUUGAUUCUGUUAGGUAUUAUCUACAUAUAUCUUCAAAAGGUUUAUUAUUUCAUGCACGGCAUUGAGUUUAAACAAGACUACAAUUAUAAAAAUAGCCCCUUGAGGAGGUUUAUUGAAGCAGAAAAUCAAAGGUUCUACAGAUCAAAGCACGUUGAAUUAAUAGGAGGUGAAAUGGGCAAGUGGCUUGAAUUACAAUUACCAGACGCAAUAGAAGAUUUCCAAAAGAAUCAGAAAAUUGAGAAUUCUUUUGAUAAAAAUCUUGUCAUCCAUGAAAGAGAUGAUGAAGAUGAUCAGUGA